GGCUGCCCAGCAUGUCCCAGCGAUACUCGGACAGCUCCUUGGAUGAGAAACUUCUGGAAUACCGCUUCCACGCUGAGCUGCAGCUCGAUGCCAAUGGCAGCCCCGUUUCGGGACUCCCCAUGGUCCGGGGCUCCCUGCGAGUCCAGGAUGGGACCACUGCCCAGCCCAAGGCCCAAACACCCCUGGAAGACGGGAGUCCGCAGCCCCCCAUCAUCCUGAGCACACAGAGCCCCGCCGCCCUCAAGAUGGGCACGCAGCAGCUGAUCCCCCGGACCCUGGCCGCGUGCAGCAAGGCAAAGCCACCCGCCCGCCACCAGAGCUUUGGGGCGGCCAUGCUCAGCAAGGAGGCCGCCCGGCGGGACGCCCGGCUCUUGCCAGGCACCAGCUUCUCUCUGGACGACAUGGACGUCGACACAGGCUGGGGGGGUGCCCUGAAGCGGAAUCUACGGAACCAGUCCUACCGGGCAGCCAUGAAGGGCCCAGGGCCACCAGGCAAUGAGGGGGCCCCCACGCAGCUCAGCCCCCGGCUCCAGGCGCUGGCUGAGGAGCCCAGCCAGCCAGCCACUCGGCCAGCCAAGCACAAGAGGACACUGGGACGGAAGCGCGUGCACAAGGGCUCCUUCAAGGAUGACCCCUGCCUCUAUCAGGAGAUCCGGGAGCGGGGCCUGAACACCAGCCAUGAAUCCGAUGACGACUUGCUGGAGGCCCAUGCCAGCCCCGAGAGCCCCCGGAAAGUGGACGCCAUUGUGGUCAAGAGCUACCGGCCCGCACAGGUCACCUGGAGCCAGCUCCCUGAGGUGGUGGAAUCAGGCGUCUUGGACACGCUGUCUGCUGAGGAGCGCAAACGUCAGGAGGCCAUCUUUGAGAUCCUCACCUCGGAGUUCUCCUACCUGCACAGCCUGGGCAUCCUGGUGGCCGAGUUCCUGCAGUCCAGCGAGCUGCGCAACACCAUGACCCCGACGGACCACCAUCACCUUUUCUCCAACAUCCGGGACGUGCAGGGGGCCAGCCAGGGGUUCUUCAAUGCCCUGGAGCGGCGGCACAAGGAGCAGGUGUGCGUGGACGACAUCAGUGACAUCCUGGAGGAGCACGCCGAGCGGCACUUCCACCCCUACGUGGCCUACUGCACCAACGAGGUCUACCAGCAGCGCACGCUGCAGAGGCUGACAAGCGGCAACCCCGGCUUCCGCGAGGCCCUUCGGCAGAUCGAGCGGCAGCCUGCGUGCGGGGGCCUGCCCAUGAUCUCCUUCCUCAUCCUCCCCAUGCAGAGGGUGACCCGGCUGCCCCUCCUGACAGACACACUCUGCCUGAAGACCCAGGGCCACCCCGAGAGGUACAAGGCCGCCGGCCGCGCUCUGAAGGCCAUCAGCAAGCUGGUGAAGCAGUGCAACGAGGGGGCGCACCAGAUGGAGCGCACGGAGCAGCUGUUCGCGCUGCAACAGCAGCUGGUGUUCAGCAAGGUCAAGUCCCUCCCCAUCACCUCCUCCUCCCGCUGGCUGCUGAAGCGUGGCGAGCUGGCGCUGGUGGAAGACGGCGGCCUCCUCCGCAAGAUCGCUGGCCGGCCAGCCUCCUACCUCUUCCUCUUCAAUGACGUCCUGGUGGUCACCAAGAAGAAGAGCGAGGACAGCUAUGUGGUCCAGGACUAUGCCAAGGUGGAGCACAUCCAGGUCCAGAAGGUGGAGCCGGCCGAGCUCCCACUGCCCGGCGGCCACCGAGCCUCUUCCGUGCCGCACCCCUUCCUGAUCACCAUGCUGCGCAACAGUGAGGGCCGCCAGGAGCAGCUGAUGCUGGCCGCCGACUCUGCGAGUGAGCGGGCCCGGUGGAUCACAGCGCUGGAGCACAAGGAACGACAGUGGCAGGACCAUGGUGACAAAGGGGACCUGCUGCAGGUGGAAAUCACCAAGGCCUACUUCGCCAAGCAGGCGGAUGAGAUGUCACUGCAGCAGGCGGACGUGGUCCUGGUCCUGCAGCAGGAGGACGGCUGGCUGUUCGGGGAGCGGCUGCGCGACGGGGAGACGGGCUGGUUCCCCGAGGACUUCGCGCACUCCAUCACCAGCCGCCUGGCCCUGGAGGACAACGUGCGCAGGCUGGAGCGGCUACGCCUGGAGACAGACGUGUAGUCCCCGUGUCCCCCAGACCCUGUUCGGUCCAACACUUCCGGGAUGGGGCCUCACCACCCUCCAGGGCGGGCAUGGGUGGGGCAGACCUGAAUGAGUCCUGCUGGGAGAACUCAGCCAGGCCCCACCACUGACCAGCCCACGGGGCUGGCCCUGCACCCAAGUGCCCCCCAGGGGGUUGCAGUGACAUGAGGGUGAUCAGAGAGGGCAAUGUGGGGCCCUCACUCCCCUAGCCCAGACAAGAAGCACAUACACACACAUGUCACCCCAGCAUGGAAAUGGUUAACUGCGGUUUCCAAAGACAUUAAAGUAUUUCCUUCACA